GCUCAAGGGCGCAAUGUCGGCCUGCGAUGUGGCUUGGGGCCUGAGGGCAAGCUCGCUCCGAGCUGUCCGAAGGCUGGCACUGCGCCGGGGCGGCGGCGCCCGAUGAGGGCGAUCUUGGCCGCUGUACGUCCAGGGGGCAAGCAGAGCUCGCCGGACGUCUCCCCGGACGUCUCGCCGAGCCGGAAGUCCUGCUCCUCGCUCGACGUGGGCGUCCGUAGGGUGUCCAGCAGCAAAGAGCCGCCGCGGCGGUCGCAAACCCGACCACUGCAGGACCGGAACAGCCAGCUCGACAGGCAGACUUCGCACAUCUCGCAGCCCUGCGCCGAGCAGUGGACCGCGGAGGAGCGAGCUGCCUACAUCGCCUCGCUGAACUUGGCCCGCCUGCCCGCGGAGGCCUCGGUGCAGCGCUUCCUCGAGGAUGCCCUGUGCAAGGCGAAGCUGCCGGCGCCCUGGACGGCGACGCGCCACGAGAACGGGCGCCUGUACUUCUCGAACCCGUAUACGGCUGUGUCCUCCUGGCACCACCCACUGACGCACGUGCUCGAGGAGCUGGCGGACAUCUGCCGUAGGGUGCUCUCGAUGCCCGAGGAAAACCGUGCCGAGUGGAUCGCUGCGAAGCGGGGCAUCUGGAUGGGCGAGGCGAACGAGUAUAUGACCAAGUGGUACGUCGUCCCGCACUCGAGUGGCCGGAAGUUCUACUACCACCGCGAAACUCAGGACACCAUGUGGGAGAACCCGGUCGAAGUCGUUUUGCCACAGUACCACUUGAAGAUUGAGGCCGUCGCACGGCUCAACGAUGUUGACUAUGUCAGAAAGCUUCUGCAAGAGGAGGAGCUGCUGGCAGCGGCAUUUUCAUUACCUCAGGCUGUGAUAGAGGAUGUGCCUCUUGGAGUGGAUAUGGCGACGUUCAAUCUUGCGAGGCUCCAAGAUAAGCUGGCGGCCGGCUCGCCGGCUGGGCGCAGCCGCCUUUCUGGAAGCAGCCGUGAAAGCCAUCAGGGUCCGGACCUCGACGCGUUGCUGCGGCAGUGGGACACCGCUACUGGCGAGGUGGGGUGGCAGCAAGCAGAGGCUGCAUCUUUUCAAACAGAUCGGCGAGACCAGACAAAGGUGGACGACUACCCUCACGCCGAUAUCUUGCUGGUGUCGGCGUCUCGACGAGGCACGCCAUCGCAGAGUGACCAGGAGCCUCGCCGCAUGGCCCACCUCGGCGAGCGCGGGCCUUCGAAACCGCAGGGCUCUUCCAUGCUGGACGACCUGCACUCGCGCACGUGCACCAGCUCGUCUCGCGUGCCAGCGUCAUCCAGCAGCUGCGUGUCGGUCAGCAAGGAUGCGCCCAGGCCCGGCUCGGGGUUCAGCCCGCAGCCGCCGCCCCUCCCGCUGGACCGGUCGGCGGCCACGCGGACGCCGCCGCCGCCGCCUCCGGACCAGGAUGCGCCCAGGCUCGGCUCGGGGUUCAGCCCGCAGCCGCCGCCCCUCCCGCUGGACCGGUCGGCGGCCACGCGGACGCCGCCGCCGCCGCCGGUACGGCCUUCGGACCAGGACGUGGCACAGCCUUCGCGCCCGCUCAGCUGCGAGUCGGACGCCGGGCGGGAGGACAAGCCCAACACCUCGCUGCAUGCCUCGCUGCCCGCGAUGCCGCUGCAGCGGGCCGCCACUUCCGGCUUCCGCACGCGGCCGCCGUCGCCGCCAAGCAGGUUCGGCGCCACCCGCAGCGGCUUGGCGGCGCGACGAGCGUCCGAGACGCCCCCUGCGGUGGUGGCUCCGCUGCAGGCGUCGCCGCCGAGACCAAAGCAGGCGGCGGCGCCGCCCGCGAUGGCCUCGGCCCUGAGAGGUGCCGCGCAGGUGGGCCCCGUCGCGCCAGUGCCCCCGCCGCCCCCGCCGCCCUUUGCGGGUGCCAGCGGGAGGGAGCCGCGGCCGCCCUCGCUGACGCCGCCAGAGAGGCAGGACCAGGCCGCGUGGGCCGCCCCGGAGCCGAUGUCGGCGGCAGAGCCGCCAGGCGACUGGCGGGGAUGUGGCCUCGGCCCGCCCGCCAGCCACGCGACGAACUGGGCGGAUCCGCGCCGCAGCAGCUGGCCGGCCACGGGGCCGGGGGCGGGCGGCGGCCCCCGCCCGCGCCCGGACCAGCUGCCGCCGAAGCUGCAGGUGCUGGCACCGCCCAUCUCGGCCGUCGCGG